CCAGCUUAUGUCGACGCCGAACGCGGAGACCGGGGCUCUCUUGCCUUUUCAGUCGCAUCACUGCCCCCAAGCCGUGAUGUGAAUGAGGCAGACGCGGAGCUCGUCCGAGAAAUCCAUCUUCAGAUAUGUACCGCUGGGCCGACGAUUGCUGAGUCGCCGCUAUGGAAGCGUCUUGAGGAGUAUAUGACGUGCGCUGCGAACGAGAUUCGAUCAAUUGCAUCGUCACCUGCCUCACGGCUAUUUCGUCUCCGCGCAUCAUAUCGCGUCUGAUACGACCAAACAUAGCUGCGCAACCAACAGUCGCAGCCCUCGUGGGCCCAAGUCUCAUCACAGCGUUCAAACGGGAGCGUCAUGUCCGCAGCUCAUACUCCUCCCAUGGCCGCGUCGUUCGCCUCGCCCGGCCAGCUGCGAGCGUCGCAGCAGGUCUGCGACAACUGCCGGUUCCGCAAGACGAAAUGCGACCGCGGACUCCCCUGCAGCAGCUGCGUCGCCUCGUCCAUCCGCUGCCAGUAUCUUCACACGCUGCGCCGCAAGGGCCCCCGUGGAGGCAAGGGACGGCGUCUGCUGCAGAUACGCCAGGGCCUGACGCAGCUGGACAAGGACCAUAUCGAGGUCAGCACCCCGGCGCAGCUCCAGCUCGAACAUGUGGCCGCCGCCGCCGCCGACGAGCCGUCGCGAUCCUCGGUGCAUGCGCCCACGUCGUCGUCCGCCGCCGUCACCGAGCACGAGAGCAGCAAGCACCGGCUGGCCGUCGCCCUGGCGGCCAACGUCCAAGUCUUCUUCAAGCACCUCUUCCCCAUCAUGCCGGUCCUCAACGACGCCGAGGUCCUGGCCGACGCCUUGCAGUUCGACGAGCUGCCGCUGCCGCGACAGGCGUUUCUCCUGUCGCUCUGCGCCGCGACGCGGAUUCAGCUGAAGCUGGACCACGUCGAGGAGUGCGACGACUUGCAUGCGUCCGUCAAUGCCCAUCUUGGCUCCCCGCUAACGGGCGAGGGUCUUCUCUCGGCGGCCAAGCGGCUGCGGCGCCAGUUCGACAUUGUCGACAACCGAGGGCUCGAUGCCGUCCUGACGUCCUUCUUUCUCUUCGCGGCGCACGGGAACCUGGAACAGCGCCAUCACGCGUGGUUCUACCUCAACGAGAGCAUGACGGUGGCCUUUUCGCUGGGGCUCGACAACGAGGCGACGUACUUGAGCCUGGCCAAGAGCGAGCGCGAGCUGAGGCGGCGCAUCUUCUGGCUGCUGUUUGUGACGGAGAGGACCUAUGCCCUCCAGCAUCGCCGGCCCGUCAUGCUGCGCAGCACCAUCACCAAGCCCCAGGUCGUCGAUUCCGACUGCCCCGUCGUGAUGCACGACUUCGUCAACCACAUCCGGCUGUUCGAGCUGCUUCCACACUCACUAUACGACUGGCUCCCCACCAGUGACCCGUCGCAGCAGCAAGGGUCGAGCAUCGUGCUCAGCCAGCGCGUUGGCGACAAGCUGUGCGCCGUGCAGGCCGCCGACUCGGUGCUGGAAAGCCAGCGCUUCGACACGCUCGUCACGCAGCAGUGGUUGCGCGUCGCCAUGUGGCGCCUCGCGUAUGGCGUCAACCCGAGCCUCAUGUACGGGCAUGCCGCGUCGCCGAGCUUGGUCGUGCCGUUUGAGGCCGGAAAGACAAUCAUGAUGCAGCUGGACAUGGUCAACCAAACGUCCAAGGACUGUCACGGCAUCGGCAUGGAACAAAAAUUGUUCGACAUUGGCAUCAGUCUCGCCGACGCGUCCAUGGCGACGUUCCCUACGUCUUCGUUCGAGUUUGGGUCAUUGGAUCUACUGUCUUCCAUCGUCAAAUGCCUCGGCCGUAUCCGAGGUGGCAGAUCACAUCUGUUGCCCGAGCUGCUCAAGCAUUCCGAGGGCGUCUUAGCCUGCACCUCGCCCGCCGCUCAGAUUGACAUGCAGUGGGCACUGGGCGACGAGUCGUCCGGCUCAGACCCAGACUCAGUCGCGGAUGGCGCAGCUAUGCAGCUCGAGGACGCGCCGCCACCGCCUGGACAGGACGCGUGCACCCUGUCACAGUUUGGUGCCGUCGGGGCCUUCAUGCCCGCGUCUUGCGAUAAGCUGGGCUUUGAUGAGGUUGCCGCGGGAGAGCUGGCGUAA